CGCGCCGCGGCCACGUGAAGCCCCCGCCGACGCCACCACCGGCUCGCCGUCGCCCCGUCGCUGGCCGCGCCCCCUAAGAGCCGAGGUCCGUCGGCUUCGGCGUCCGCGAUCCAUUUCUUACGGCCUGGUAGACGGCCUGGUUUACUACCAUGCCGCUGUACGAGGGCCUGGGGAGCGGCGGCGAGAAAACGGCGGUCGUGAUAGACCUGGGAGAGGCCUUUACCAAGUGUGGAUUUGCUGGAGAAACUAGUCCAAGAUGCAUAAUUCCUAGUGUGAUAAAAAAAGUUGGCUUGCCUAAGCCUAUCAAAGUUGUUCAAUAUAAUAUCAAUACAGAAGAAUUAUAUUCCUACCUAAAGGAAUUCAUCCACAUACUGUAUUUCAGGCAUCUGUUGGUGAAUCCCAGAGACCGCCGAGUUGUGGUUAUUGAGUCAGUACUAUGUCCUUCCCACUUCAGAGAGACACUCACUCGUGUUCUUUUCAAAUAUUUUGAGGUUCCCUCUGUCUUGCUUGCUCCAAGUCAUCUGAUGGCUCUUCUGACUCUUGGGAUAAACUCUGCCAUGGUCCUAGAUUGUGGAUAUAGGGAAAGCCUGGUGUUACCUAUUUAUGAAGGAAUCCCAGUACUGAAUUGUUGGGGAGCACUCCCCCUAGGAGGAAAAGCUCUUCACAGGGAGUUGGAAACUCAACUAUUGGAACAAUGUACUGUUGACACAGGCGCUGCUAAAGAACAAAGCCUUCCCUCUGUGAUGGGUUCAAUUCCAGAAGGUGUCUUAGAGGACAUUAAAGUGCGCACUUGCUUUGUAAGUGAUCUGAAGCGUGGACUAAAAAUCCAAGCAGCAAAAUUUAAUAUUGAUGGGAAUACUGAGCGUCCCUCACCACCACCAAAUGUUGACUACCCGUUAGAUGGAGAGAAGAUUUUACAUGUCCUUGGAUCAAUCAGAGAUUCAGUUGUGGAAAUUCUUUUUGAACAAGAUAACGAAGAGAAAUCAGUGGCCACUUUAAUAUUGGAUUCCCUUAUGCAGUGCCCAAUAGACACCAGGAAGCAACUAGCAGAGAACUUGGUAGUCAUAGGUGGCACAUCUAUGUUGCCAGGAUUUCUCCACAGAUUACUUGCAGAAAUAAGAUAUUUGGUAGAAAAACCAAAAUAUAGAAAAGCACUUGGCACCAAGACAUUCCGAAUUCAUACUCCACCUGCAAAGGCUAAUUGUGUGGCCUGGUUGGGAGGAGCUAUUUUUGGAGCACUGCAAGACAUACUUGGGAGCCGUUCAGUCUCAAAGGAGUAUUAUAAUCAGACAGGCCGUAUUCCUGAUUGGUGUUCUCUUAAUAACCCACCUUUGGAAAUGAUGUUUGAUGUCGGAAAAGCUCAGCCACCUCUGAUGAAGAGAGCAUUUUCCACUGAGAAAUAAAAGUUUGAAUAAAGUCAACUUUGCUUUAUUUCAAAUAUCAGAUCAAUUACAAACAAAUUGUAUAAAGUAUGUAGGAUGCUGUUAGAGAUGACUUUUGUGGAAGUAAAAGCAUUUAUGUAAUUACUCUUCGCAUUAAUAUUCUCUUGACUUUUCUCUUGUGUAGCUGAUCCUUAUGAAAUUUGUUGUAGUUAUAUCAAAAUAUAGUAACGCAAUUUAGCUUUAGAACUUUGUUACACAGCUCAUUUUUCAAAAAGAAUAAUAACAUAAUUCACAUAAUCUGUCCUGGGCAUUAGAGACUCCAUUAUAGUUUCAUUAUUUUCAGCAACUAUUUCAUUUAAAGAAUAAGUAAUAUUACCAUUACCAGUUAUUUCAAAUAUUAACGUAGGCCUGUUUUUUAAAAUCUUUUUGUUUUGGUGUUCAUGUAUCCAUGUUAUAAUAAUGUGCUUUUCCAGAAAUGUAGUUGACUCUUUGGACUGAGAAUGUUUGGUAGUAUAGUUAAGCAUUUGUUAAAGAAAGUGUGGAAAUGUACACUUUCUAACUCUACAGUUUCUUUUAUGAACAAAACUACAUUUUUAAGAAAAAAGGUAUUUCAUUUUUAUGCAAAGAUAUUUCAUUUUAUGUUUUUUUAUGCAACUGCUUUAUGAACAUCAUAAAAUCUUUCAUCUUUUCAUGUUUGCUUUUUCUCUUCUCAGGGCAGAGAUUCUUUGAAAUAUGUACUUGGUCAUUGUUUAAUUUUAAUUUUUGUUUGUUUUUCUUCAUUUGUUUUUAAUGAACUACCUCUUAUGAAAUUUUGCUGGUUUCAUUCUUUCUAGGUACCUUUGAAGAUGGGAAUAAUACAUAUGUACACUCAUUUCUGAAGACAGAGUAGGAAUAGACAUUUUCUGGACUAUAUAUCCCAAGUCCAUUCUUACGUAUAGUUUAAUAAUUUCAAUUGACCUUAUCUGGAUCCUUCCUAGUUUUGCCAUAUGCUUUGUGUAUUAAAGAUACUAAUACCAACUAAUAGUCGAAAGCUUAUUCCUGCCAUUAAGAAUAGGAAAGGAUUGAAUUUUUUAUAUUAGUGUGUUGUGCAUGUUUUACUUUUUAAAAUACUUCUAGCUCUAUUUUGUCACCGUGUACUACUAUUUUAGUGGCCCAGGUCUAAGACUCAUUCAGUAUAUAUUGACUGUCUGCUACGUACCUAGUGUAGUUUUAGAUACCUUAAUGGUACAACAGUAAGACAUGAACUUUUAUCCUUACGGGUUUCACAGGUCAGAAGUGGAUGUGUACACAACCAAUGAUAAAAACCAGAAUGUGAUAGGUGCCAUAAGGGGUAUUAGUUGCUUGUUACCGGUGUAAUUCUGAUCAGGGAGUCAAGGAAAACUUCAGAGGAGCUUUUUGACCUUGUUCCUGAAGUAUGAGUAGAAUUUAAUAAUUGAGGAUUAGUCUGGGCUACAUGGAUUGGAUUUUCUACAUAAUAUCUUAAAGCAUUUGGCAUUGAGAUGAGGCACUGCUAAUUAUAAUUUAGGAUUAGAUUAUGAAAUACUUGAAAACAAUGGUAAGCCAGUGAAUAAAACUAUGGAAGUUCAA